AUGCCUACCUCUCAUGAGAUUGAUACUGUGUUGACGACCCUUCGGAUGGAAGCGGACCCCGAACUUGCUCCCCUUUUCCUAGAGUUUGAGCAACUUUACGAACCAAAAUUGUGGCAUCAAUUGACCCAGCGAUUGAAGGUACUUUUUGAGGAUCCUAAAUCCUCAUCAAUCAGACUGAGACUUUACUCUAAUUUUGUCACCAAGUUUUAUGAUAAAAUUAAUCAAUUGAGUGUAGUGGAGUUCCUAUUACAGUCCUUAAAGCACCACGAGGACCUUGAUGAAUCCCUUAAGCUUUUGACCGAUCUACAGGAGUCAUUUAAACAAAUUGACGAGAAGAAGCAGAGAAACGAUGGUUUGAAGGACCAUGAGAAUGGCUGUUUACUGAUAGAAAUUGAAGUUGCAAGAAUUUAUCUUGCUAAGAAUGAACUAGUGAAAAGCAGAGAUCUACUAGACGAAUUGGAGAAGACUUUAGACAUCCGUGAUGCGGUUCCAUUGAAAGUUACAAAUGCAUUUUAUUCCGUCAAUGCUGAGUAUUACAGAUUAAAGAAGGACUUCAAUUCAUUUUACUAUACCAGUCUGCUUUACUUGUCUACCAUUCCACCACACGAAAAGCAACCAGAGGAAAAUGCAGACGAGUAUAAGGAAUUAGCAUACAAUUUGAGUCUUGCUGCUCUAUUGGGUGAUAAAAUCUACAACUUCGGGGAACUAUUGCAUCAUCCUAUAAUGAGGAGUAUCACUGACGAUGUGGACUACAACUGGCUGUUUGAACUGUUGAGUGCACUAACAGUGGGAGAUUUCGACAAGUUCGAACGUCUAGUUGAUAUACAGAUACCAAAAGUGCCCAUAUUACAUGAAAACGAAUGCUUCUUGAAGCAAAAAAUCUGCCUGAUGACCCUUGUGGAGAGUGUAUUUGUCAAAAACAUCAGAACCUUAUCCUUUGAUGAUAUUGCCACCGCUACACAUAUGCCUAAGGACAACAUUGAACAUUUGGUGAUGAGAGCUAUUAGUUUGAAUUUGAUCAAGGGAUCUAUCGAUCAAGUAAACGAACUGGUAUCUGUGACAUGGGUUCAACCAAGAAUUAUCAACAAUGAGCAAAUUGACAGAAUGAAAGACAAGUUGGUUGAGUGGAGACAAGAGGUUUCUGCCCUUGGUGAAAAGAUUGACGCUCAUGGUAAAUCUAUAUGGGUCUAA